CGCAGCGGCAGCUCUGGCUUCAGUACAACUCGAGCGCUCAUUGAAAAUGGUCUGCAGGCCGCGCAUGCGCCAAGCCCCGAUACCGAUUCCGAAACCGAUUCGAAACAUAAACAAAAACAUAAACCGAAACCACAGUCGCAGUCGCAGCCAAAAUAAAAAUACAAAUCAAAAUCAAACCGAAAAUCAACUCAAAGCCCGAGGCCCAGCUCCAGUCGCGUGCUCGUAUUUUGCUGCCAUUUAAUUUUUGGUUUUUUUGGUUUCAUUAUAUAUAGUUUUUGUUGUUGUGUGUGAAUUUUGUGUGUGUGCACCGCCUCGAAAAGUUGUGAAAAAAGAGAGCAAUUCGAUUCGAUUUUGGAUUGAAUUUCGAUUAUAUAUUGGAUCGGAGCGGCAGAGGAGCGGCAGAGCGGAGUGGAAGCCGAUCGAUCGAACGGCAGAGGAGAGCAUCGGACAAGCACCGAAUAUUGAAAAUAUCUCCGGGGCGGCAUCAUGCAACAAGGUCCGGGCUCCUUCGAGUGCUUCCUGGCACUGAGUCUACUGCUGCAGCUGGGAAGCCUGGGUGUCAGGGCUUUGCCGACCAUUCAGGGCAGCACCGCCAAUGCCAACAAGGGCACGAACUAUCUGCAGCAACAGCUGGACAAGAGCUUCUUUCAGCCGCCAGAGAUCGAGCAGACGAUCGAUGAAGUGCAAAAGAUACUGGCCAACGAUCCGGCCCUGCCACGACUGACGCGCGGCGAAAUCGAGGAGCUGUACGAGAAGGUGACGCGCGAGGAGUACGAGAAGAGCAUCGAAGCGGGCGACAUGAGCCGGGCGGACAGCAUGCGGGCCCUGAUGCUCGUGCUGCCCUUCAACACGGACAACAACACCGAGGAGAAUCUGCAAGAGCUGUACACCCGACCACCAGUCACGAGGGUUAUCGAUGCGUACACCCCCCCGGAUCCCAUUAAGUUCCUCACACCCGACCCGAAUGCCGUGCCCCGGAGUACGGUGCCUGGCGGCAAUCCCCGUGUGGCUGCCACCACCUACAAGCCGGCCUAUGCCGGAGCACUCCUCUAUCCCCAUUCCCAGAUAAAACUGCAGCAGCAGCAGCAGCAGCAGCAGCAGCAGCAGCAGUUCCGGCCUAUGCCCUCGGCCACCACCUAUCAUCCUCCUGCGCCACCUCCGGUGAUGUACCAGGACUUCCAGCCUGUAAUCUCCACUCCUUCAUCUCUAGCGGCCCCUGGUCCGUCCGGGUCGCAGCGUUUCAGCUCCCAUUACAGCGCCAAGAAUGCACAAUUCCUGCGCAAGCGGAAGCCCACAUCCAGCACGGUCAAGCCCGUGGCGGACAUUCUCGAGAGCCUGGGCAUUGUGUCCGGGUCCGGCCACCAUGCGGAAGGCGAUUCGACCCACAAGCGGUACGCCAUGGAUGACUACUAUCCGUCGGAGAGUGCCCCACAGCCGGCGGUGGUGGCGGUGGCGGAUCUGCGUGGCCUCCAGGGUGCCCGCAUCCGGCCGGAUGCCUACUCCAACUUCAAGCCCCUGAACAUCGGCGAAGAGCUGCGAGUGAAGCCCGAGGUUGAGGGCUACCUCACGCGCUUCGGGAUUGUGAAGAAGGCACCCAAGUCCCUGAAGAAGAGUGCCCCGCCAACGGAGGAGCCAGCGGGCGCCCAUACGGAACUCUCGACGGCGACGGCACGUCUGCCGCCGCAGAGCAAUGCAGAGCUGGCGAAACUGCUGGAGAAUCUGCAGGAGUUGGAGCGGCUACAGUCGCAGCCCAAAAGGAAACAGGCUUCGACAACCACCAAACCGAGCACCUCAACCACUGCCAGCACCACCACGACGACGACGACGACGACAACGACACCUGCGCCAGUGCAGCUCAUCACCCAUGGGGAGCCACUGCUCAUUGAGGCGAAGAAGCCAAGAAGACGCAUCGAUCCCAACAUUGACAUCAACUUUGCCAAUGCAGGCAACCACCAGGCAACGGGCAGCCGCUCAGACGAGCUUUCGAAGCUGCUGCAGAAUCUCCAGGAGCUGGAGAAGCUCAAGAUCAAUCCGGAGAACGUCCUGAAGGCAACCAAUUCCAAUCCGGGUGUCCAGACCCUCAGUAACCGUUUCUCUUCGACCACCAGCACCACCAGCACAACGCCUCCUCCUCCACCUCCUCCGCCACGGACUACACCAGCUAGCGAUGCUCGCGAUCUGCAGCUGAUCUUGCGGCAGCUCCAACAGCUGGAGAGGAUGAGAGCACCAGCGACCAGCACCACCGUGAAGCCUAUACCCCUCGAUCUGGGUCUGGGUCUGGGCUUGGGCCUCAGUCAGGCCAAUUCCCUGGGCGCCGCAGAUCUUCUCCAGCUGCAGCGCCUCCUCAGCGACGACAGGGAGCUGGAGAAACUCUACGAGCAGGCAAGAAGCACAAAAAGAAAGCAGCCAAAGAGCACCACCACCAGUACCAGUACCAGCACCAGCACCACGAGCACAAGCACGACAAGCACCACCACGACACCGCGCACCACCAAGACAGCAUCAGUGGACCAUGCCCAGUUCGAGGCGCUAAUCACGAGGGUCCAGCAGCUGGAGCGACUGCAGCAGCCAAAGCCAACGACCCCGAACUUUCUCACCCGGAACGUGGCCGGAUCAGAGGCCAUUGCAGGAGAAGGAAACAGAUCCGGAGGCCUUGGCCUGGCAAGCAACGACUUUGCUCAAAUCCAGCAGCUCUCACCCACAUCGACGACUCCGUUUGGCCAGGUAGAGAUCUCCACAGCCGCCUCCACAUCCAAACAGCGACCGCUGAGCCAUUUCGAGAGGAGCAACGGACUGCUGCAGGAAGUGCAGCCGCAGGACUACGUGCAGCUGCAGAAGCUGCUCAGCAAGGUCCAGGAGCUAGAGCGAGUGCAGCUCCAGACGGACCACCAACCGUCGCCUCCACAGCUUGCCACCGCCGCCUCUGUGCGCACUCCGAACGUGAAGAGUCUGAAUGGGGCCCACAUCGUGUAUGCCCAGUCCGUGGCGGAGAUGGAGCCAGAGCCGGAGCUGAAGCUGGAUCUGCCAGUGUACCAGAAGCCUGCAGCCAGCGCUCAGCAGAGCUCCAGCGAGGAGCUGCGCGAGUUGGCCAUGUCACAGCCGGCUCAUCCGCAAAAAGGAUCAUCCUCCACCGACCAGGCCUUUGGCCAGCAAUUCCAGCAGUUCUUUGGCAGUCUGGAGGAUACGGGCGAGCGACAGAGCUACCACCACAUGCAGCCCAUCUACAAGACGCCCACGGCAACGCCCACGGCAACGCCCACGGCAACACCCACAUCUCUGCCGGUGACUCCUUCAGCGCCACGCUUUGUGCCGGCCAGGAGACCCAAUCCCACGACACCCGGCCCAAGACAGGCCGAUCUCGAGGAGCUGCAGAAGCUGCUGUACAAUACCCAGCAGCUCCAGAAGCUGGGCGUGUCCCUGCCCCAUGAGCUCUCCCAGCAGCUCGAGAGCCAGCUGCAGUCGACGACGACCUCAACCACGACCACGACCACGACACCAGCACCACUGCAGACGGUAGACUCCUCCUCGCCGGCGGUCUUCUCGCUGACCACCAUCAAGCCGGCGUCACCGCGACCACGACGACCAGCCACGCACACGACGGAAAGCAGCGUGGAGCUGCCCGUGUUCAGUGCCACCAAGAUCAUAGAGGCAGCCAUCAAGCGAGCGGCCAACCGGAUCGGUGUGUCCACAGAGCAGCCCCUGCCCCUGGGAAUGGGAAUGGGGCAGGGAUUCCGACGACGCAGCGACGAUGAGGAUGCGGCGGCCGAAGAUCUGGACAUGGAGGAUGGUGGACGGGAGGGUGUCCUCGAUGGCGAUCUCAUGGCCGAGUUCAGUGAACUCAACUAUCAGCUGGCAAAGCCGGAGCAAGAGUCACAGCCGGAGAAGAGAGAGACGGCGAACCUCAGCGAGCUGCAGCGUUUGAUUAGCAAUCUCCAGGAGCUGCAGCAGCUCAACGUGAGUCUGGAUCGGGUGCAGCCACAACCACAGGCACAGCCACAGUCUCAGGAUGCCGUCUAUCUGCAGUCGCUGCAGGAUGGCCACAGCAACGAAACCUUCAAGUCGAGGCGUCAGAGCGAAGCCAACACCACCACAGAGAAAGCAGAGACCACCACCCAAGCCCCCACACGGAUCAGCCUGAGUCUGGGACUGGACGACGGAGACAUGGACACAGGAUCCACCAUAGAAUCAUCAUCAUCAUCAUCAUCAUCGUCGCCAUCGCCAUCGCCAUCGCCAUCUCCCUCCGAUUCGAACAACUCUACGGAGGAGUCACGCAAUGGUUCGCUCGAUGAUCUAGCGGACUCCUUUGGGCCGGAUCCAGUCACCGAGGAUCCGCCGCCUGCAAAGAAAAAGAACGGCUUCUACUUCCUGGCGGACUGGAACUCCUUCCUCGAGGUCGGUGACGGCGAUGAUCAAGUGGUGGUGCGCCUGAGUCCCAAGAUCGGCGAUCCGCGACUCUUCCUGCCCGUCAAGAUCCCUUCCUCCUAGAUACUUACACCAGACAAAAAUAUAAAUAUGUGUACAUAUGUUUCCCCUCUGUCCCGUCCCCCUGCCAAGGGGGUAUCCAAACUAUCGUAAUCGUAAUCGUAAUCGUUAUCGUAUCCGUAUCCGUAUGUGUGUGUAUUUAUUGUAGUCACUGUUCUUUCUCUGCUCCUCCGCCGGAAUCAGGAUCCGGAUCGGGAUCGAGUGGUGGUGUUUUCCAGGGAUCCAGAUCCCGUAGUCAUAAGUGUGGCAUAGGCUGUAAGAGUCAGUCAUCCGGUGUCAAGGAACCAACAUAAAGAGUCGUCGUGGUUUUAUGAUACAAGUACUAUGUAUAUCUAUAUGUAUUGUAUUGUAACUAGAAUUUUUGAAUAAAAGAUUUAUUGAUAAAGUUAAGAGAA